UUAUAUCUGAGCUGGAGGCUGCAGUGGGGAGUGUAAAGAGCUUCGUAUUAAACAGAUUGUAGUUAUAUUAUAGGACUGAAGUUUAAGUGUAUUUAAGGAGAAAUGAGUAAAUCAGUUUAUGGAAACUCAAGAUUUUCUAGAGGAUAUCUAGAGGAUAGCACUCAACCACAUGAAGAUAUCUACAUGAAUCAAGAUGCAACAGAAAUGCAAAUGACUACAAGCAAAAAAACGACUAUGAGCUCAGAACAAAACAGCUCUGGAUGCAGAUGUUACAGACUGGCUGUGGUGUGUCUGAUGAUGCUGGUGGUUCUCUUGCUGGCUGCCAUCGCAAUACUGUGGUUCAAGCUGACCACAGAGAAAGACCAGAUACACACCAGUUAUAACAGCAUGACUACAAAGAGAGACCAGUUACAGACCAUUUACAACAAUCUGACGGCUGAGGAGGAACUGUUAAAGAACAAUUUCACAAGUGUUGCUAAAGAAAGAGACCAGCUGCAGAGGAAAACAGAUGAACUCCAGAAAAAUAUUUUUCAACUGAAGAAUAAUAUUAACACACCAGGAUGGAGAUACUUCAGCUUCAGUAUUUACUACAUCUCAACUGAGAAGAAGAGCUGGAGUGAGAGCAGACAAAACUGCAAGGAGAAAGGAGCAGACCUGGUGAUCAUAAAUAACAGAGAGGAACAGGACAUUGUUGAAGUGUGGAGAAGAGGAGAGGGUGCUUGGAUUGGUGCAAAUGAUAGAAACAAUGAGGGGAUCUGGAAAUGGGUGGAUGGUACAGCAGUGAGUGAUGGGUUCUGGAGUAGUGGGGAACCCAACAGCAAAGGUGAAGAGGAUUGUGCUGUAUCUGGCUAUCGGUCUGAACCUGUACCAAACUGGGUUGAUAUUUCGUGCGAUUCCCAGUAUAUUUGGAUCUGUGAGAAGAACAUUAAUAUCUAAAAUUACAAAAACAUGAAUGAAUUUAUAUACUUUAUAUAGGUAGCACAUGAAAUACAUACAUAUAAAACAUCUUAAACACUCUUGGCGUUUGGAAAAUGUAUUUUUGUACAUUUUUGUCAUCCCUUUUGUAAAAUUGGCUGAAAGAAUUUUUCACCAGUUGAAUAUUUCUUUUUCACUUUGUGAUCCAGUUCAUCCCAAAGCAGUUCAACAGGAUUUAGUUUGGAAGACUGGUCAGGUCAUUAAAUCUCAUUGAUUUCUACAAUUUCGUUGUCUUUUAUAUGUCAAUGUAUAAGUAUUAAUCAUAAGAAUUAAACAUAUAUUUCAACCAAUAGGGAGGUUUUACUUUGUAUUAUCCAAGGGAGGUGUAUACUUAUACAAUCAAAAAGUCCUCUUCUUGUUCAAUGUUGUGUCAACACAAUAAAAUGUUCAAGAUAUGCUAAUCAAA